GGCAGCAACAGGGUUGCAGGUGUAAAAGAACGGGGCGGCGGGGUCUGUGGCUAAAUUGCUCUGCGUGCACAAAGAGUAGGAGAGCCCAGAGUUCCAGAAUGCCCCUAAUUCCGAACACCACAGGGUGAGUCUGGAGCAAGUCACCUGGGAGGGCUUACAGGUGCCAUAAUGCAGGCCUGGGGCACUGUGGUAGUGACCUUGGCCACACUGAUGGUUGUCACUGUGGAUGCCAAGAUCUAUGAACGCUGCGAGCUGGCGGCAAGACUGGAGAGAGCAGGGCUGAACGGCUACAAGGGCUACGGCAUUGGAGACUGGCUGUGCAUGGCUCAUUAUGAGAGUGGCUUUGACACCGCCUUCGUGGACCACAAUCCUGAUGGCAGCAGUGAAUAUGGCAUUUUCCAACUGAAUUCUGCCUGGUGGUGUGACAAUGGCAUUACACCCACCAAGAACCUCUGCCACAUGGAUUGUCAUGACCUGCUCAAUCGCCAUAUUCUGGAUGACAUCAUGUGUGCCAAGCAGAUUGUGUCCUCACAGAAUGGGCUGUCUGCCUGGACUUCUUGGAGGCGGCACUGUUCUGGCCAUGAUUUAUCUGAAUGGCUCAAGGGGUGUGAUAUGAACGUGAAAAUUGAUCCGAAAAUUCAUCCAUGACUCAGAUUCGAAGAGACAGAUUUUAUUUUCCUUUCAUUUCUUUCUCUUGUGCAUUUAAUAAAGGAUGGUAUUGGUAAACAAUGC